AUGGGUACGAUGGAACGUUACCGGAUGGCUGCGUCAUCUGCCAGUCUAAAUUCCGACUUCUCCGUGCCUCCCCCUCCCGCUCCAGUGCCUCAGCCGUGGAGUCAACUCGGAGCUGCCGCCUGA